UAAUGUGCUUGAUAUAACUUAUAACCAUCACCCGUCGCUGUGACGGCGCGUUGAUCCCCAGGAAGGAAGUGGGGGGAGAAUGGUGGAUCACCGCUCGCCGUCCCUACCUUCCCGCUCGGCGGUCGAGCUUUUCGGCGACCCGUCCGGCGACUCCGAGCCUUUAUGGUUCAAGAAAUCCUCAUUUCUCCGCGCCGACUUCGAUCCCGAGUCAUACAUCGCCGACCUCCGUACAUUUGUUCCCCUCGAAAGCCUCGGGGCAGAGCUCCGUUCUCACCUUGCCACCCUCAAGUCCGAGCUUGUCGAGCUUAUUAACCGCGAUUACACCGACUUCGUCAGCCUAAGCACUCGCCUUGUGGACGUCGAUUCCUCCGUCGCUCGCAUGCGUGCUCCACUCGUCGAAUUCCGGGACAAGGCUGGAGCCUUCCGCAUCGCCGUUGAAAAUUCUCUCUCCUCACUCCGCAGCGGGCUCCGCCAGCGAGCGGAGGCGUCGGCUGCUCGGGAGAUGCUCGAAAGAUUGCUUGACACCUUCCAUGUUGUUUCCAAGGUUGAGAAGCUCAUCAAGGAGUUACCGAUCACAGUGUCUAUUGGACCAGGUGCAGAUCUAGUUCAUGUGGAAAAGGGAAUUCUCAGUAAUGAGAAUUCUUUGCAUCCUGCAGAAAAUGGAACCAACUUCAGAGUGACCCAAAGCAUCCUUCUGGAAAGAAUUGCUAGUGAGAUGAAUAGGAUAAAAUUCUCUAUCAGUAAUGCAAAGGAUCUUCCUUUUAUUGUGAACUUGGAGAAGCGAAUCCAAAGUGCUACUGAACUGCUAGAUCAUAGCUUAGGAAAUUGUUUUAAAGAUGGCCUUGAGCAUCAUGAUGACGAUGCUAUUUACAAUUGCUUACGUGCAUAUGCUGCUAUUGAUAACACAACAGCAGCUGAAGAGAUCUUUCGAAUAGUUAUUGUGACCCCCUUGAUUCAGAAAAUUAUUCCUUACAAUCACUCUCAGAUCAUCGAUGGGAGUUCCUCGGAUGAGUUGGAGGAGUACUAUCAAAAGAUAAGGCAGUCUAUCAAGAGUGAUUGCAAGUUUAUAUUGGAUAUUUCUUCUAUAGAAAACUCAGGGUUGCAUGUGUUUGAUUUCCUCGCCAAUUCGAUCCUUAAAGAAGUUCUUUUAGCCAUUCAAAAAGGAAAACCAGGUGCAUUCUCUCCUGGAAAACCUACAGAAUUUCUGAAAAAUUACAAGUCAAGCUUAGGGUUUUUGGCCUAUCUUGAAGGUUACUGUUCUUCCAAAUCCGCUGUGUCUAAAUUCAGAUUACAGGCAGUCUAUGUAGACUUCAUGCGUCAGUGGAAUAUUGGGGUUUAUUUCUCUUUAAGAUUCCAGGAAAUUGCGGGGGCACUGGACUCCACUCUUAUGGCUGCUUCUGUUACUCCUGUUGAUAAUUUGUAUAGCAAUCAAGGAAAAUUCCAAAUCUUAACAUUGAAACAAAGUGUCAUGCUGUUGGAAAGCUUAAGAUUAUGCUGGAGUGAAGAUGUUCUUGUUAUUUCCUGUUCAGACAAGUUCUUGCGACUGUCAUUGCAGCUGCUUUCAAGGUAUUCUACUUGGUUGUCUGCUGGUCUGCUUACCCGUAAUGCAGCUGCAGAAGAUUUUAUAUAUGUGAUACAUGAUGUAGGUUUUCUUGUUGCUGAGCUUAGUGGAAAUUUCCUUACGCAUGUAUUGCAACUUCUUGAGUCUUGUUCUACUGAAGUACUUGAUCUUGUAAGACGCAGCAUUUUACAGGCUGUGACAUCUUUGAAUGACACCUUACCUAUUGUCAAGAAUUCAAUGGUUGAGGGAAUAGCUGAGAGAUCUUUUGAGGAUUUGAAGCAGCUGAAAGGAAUCACGGCAACAUAUAGGAUGACUGAUAAACUUCCUGUGAGGCAUUCACCUUAUGUGUCAGGAAUUUUACGGCCGUUGAAGGUUUUUCUUGAUGGUGAUAGUGUUGUAUAUUUAAAUAAGGAACUGUUAAAUGAGCUGCUCUACAGUACUGCAGAUCGGAUUACAGGCCGAUAUUAUGAAAUGGCAGCAGAUGUUGUCAAUUUGGCGAGGAAGACAGAGUCUUCACUACUGAGAUUACGCCAAGGUGCGCAAAGGCGAGUGGGAGCGAGUUCGGAUGCCUUGGACAACAACAUAUCAAACACAGAGAAAAUCUGCAUGCAGUUGUUUCUAGAUAUUCAGGAGUAUGGUCGCAAUCUUGCUUCACUCGGCGUCAAAGCAGCUGAUAUCCCAACCUACAGGUCAAUCUGGCAGCUUGUUGCCCCAGAAGAUAAACAAUCACAGAUUGUUAUUUGAUGAACCUUGAAGGAUCCAUAUCACUCUUCUCUCUGUUCUUCAUAAAUCCAAUUAUCUCUUCAAGGUGUCUAUUAUUUCUUAUAAGCAGAAGGCCAAAUACUAAUAAAAGCUGACACUAUAGUAAAGGUACCUACUUUUUAUUUUUAUUCGUUUGUUCUUAAUAUGUAGUGUGUGGCUGGAAAGGAAAGUCUCAGGAUGUCUCUAGCCUUGCUGUAGUGGUUUUUCUAUACCACCAUAAAUGAUCUAUUUUUUUCCAAUCUUUAUCAGCAUCAACAUUUGCUAUUGAGUUUGCUAAAUUCAAUGAGUCUGUUCUUCUGCAAGGCUGCAUUGCACUGUAAUUAUUGGAUGAUUGUUUGUUUUUUUUUUUUUUUUUUUUUCAAAUCAAAAUGUCAACGAUUCAUUUGAAAUGAUUUAAAUCUUUGUUGGGCUGUUUUUUGUAUGUAAGAAAUGUGAAACUGAGUGAGAAACAAGAUAAAAGUUUCAGACAAGUUGCAGAUGCUUAUUCAA